AUGGACUCCGAAAGACUUAAAGAACUGGAAACUGCUGAGGAGGAGCUGCGGCGGCGGCGCGAACGCGGCAAGUUGGCUCAGCGCAAAUUCCGGGAACGGCAGAUCAACAAGCUGUCGAAGGGCAAGAGCAAUGAAGCCCGGACAAACCAGAGAUUGAAAGCGGCCAUAGAGAAGAUCACCAAGGUGGCACGCAGCGAUGAUCGUCCGGAGCUGCUUCAAGCAAUCCGGGAAGCAGCUGAAAUAACGGGAUCGGACGCAUGGUGGCUAGGUGAAAACAACGACGGCAGGGAUGAAGGUGAGACGGCUACGACUGAACUGUCACCGUCGUCGUCAUAUCCAUUACCGUAUGCAGGGACCCCUUUACCGAUAGGAGGGGCCCAGCUGAUCGGGACGACGAGUACUAAUCAAGGAGUUGCCCAGGGAGCCUUCCCGCACCUCGACAGUUGCGCGGACAUGAGGCAGAAUAGCGAAAAGUCGACUUCUUUUGACACUGGACUGACUUUAGAACGCGUGGGCCCACGAUUGGGCUACGGACUUUGGUUCAAUGCUGAACGAUUUGUACGGAUAGAUAACCCACCUCUGGAUAUCGUUCCGUACCUUGGUAAAGGAAUGAAAACAUUUGCCGGACGAUUGUUCUGGAAUUGCGGGGAGUAUCUAUUGAACCUGUGCCGGAGAGCUGAGGCCUACAGCAAUACAGAUCCACUGGUCGCGAGGGAAGCCAACGAGAAGAUUUGGAAUAUGGUUCAACAUUCACCGCCUCUACACAAUAUGCGGUAUAUUAUAGCCAUGGCGGAAGCGCGACACGAAUUCCGCGACCGUGGCUACAUCGAAGGGAAUAAUCCAGCGGGAGAAGCUGACUCGGCGGAGCUUCUACAUGAGCUUGUACUGGCGGACUAUAAGAAAAGGGGGGAUGACACGGCCAUCUGGUUAUCUGCAAGUGGUGUCGAGAAUGAGCUUCGAAGGUUUAUGAGCGAUGGACUGUGUGAACGACUCGAACGCGUGUUGGAGAAUUGGGACUUGGGCAGGCAGGCGGGAGACCCUUUAGCUAAGAUGAUACAGUCGCUUAUCCAUACUUUGUCGAGUAGCUUCAUUUGUUUUGGGAAUGGCCCACGCUGGCGCGCUGAUCGCGUGGCGGCAAUGUUCAGUGGGAAUGCUUAA